GACAUCGUUGAACAACUGCUCUGCUGACGAUGCUGAGAGGUUUUCAAGAUGGCAAAAAAAGGUUCGGUCGUUAAAUCGUCUCAAAACGAAGAUAAUAAUAAAGCAAAUGACGAUACAGUGAAUGAUGAUGAAGAACCAAACUUCAGUGAUCCCGAGGACUAUGUUGAUGAUAUUUCCGAUGAGGAACUUCUCGGAGAUAUCCUCAUUACAAAACCAUCUGAAACUGAUGGCGUAGAAUCUGUGAUUGUUGUCGACGGUGUUCCUCAGGUCGAGCCAAGUCGGCAGGAGAAGCUCACGGUCGUCAUUGAUAAAAUCUUUUCAAAGCAUGGCACAAUUGUGAAUAAAUGGUUUCCCGUUAACGAGAAUGGAGUAACCAAAGGAUACAUCUUUUUGGAAUUUGAAAAUCCACAUCAGGCUAUGAUAGCAGUAGCUAAGGAGAAUAAUUAUAAAAUCGAUAAAUUACACACAUUCAAGACAAAUUUAUUUACUGAUUUCAAAAAGUUUGAGGAAAUUUCAAAAGAUUGGGAACCACCUAUAUCACAACCUUUCAAAGGCGCUGGAGAUUUACAUUCUUUUUUGCUCGAUCAAGAUGCAUACGAUCAAUUCUCCGUGUUGUCUGGCAAUAGUUCGGCAGUUUCUGUUCAAAUUUGGCAAAAUUCAGCACCAGAACCCUCAUUAUUGGAAGAGAGAAUGAGAUGGACGGAAACUUAUAUAAAAUGGUCACAACUGGGAACUUAUUUAGUUACUUUUCACAAACUUGGAGUGGCACUUUGGGGCGGUCCAGGAUUUACCCAACAAGCAAGAUUUAGUCAACGUGGUGUUGAGUGUGUUGAUUUUUCACCAUGUGAAAAAUAUAUUGUCACUUAUACACCACGCUCGGAUGGAAGUCCAGAUCAAAAACGAAUUGUCAUUUGGGAUAUUUUCACCGGUCAAGAGAAACGUUCAUUCUGUUUAGAAGCAACUUCAAUUUGGCCUCUAUUCCGUUGGUCACAUGAUGAUAAAUAUUUUGCAUGUAUUGGUGAAGAUCUUUUGAGUGUCUACGAAACACCGUCAUUUGGAUUGUUGGACAAGAAGAGCUUUAAAAUUGCUGGAAUUCAAGAUUUCGGUUGGUCACCAACAGAUAAUAUUCUCGCUUAUUGGCGUCCAGAAGACAAAAAUAAUCCCGCUCGUGUCACUCUCUUGGAAAUUCCAAAUCGUAAUGAAAUUCGUAACAAGAAUUUGUUCAAUGUUGCCGAUUGUAAGAUAUUUUGGCAAAAGUCGGGAGAUUAUCUCUGCGUGAAGGUCGAUCGUUUUGCUAAACGAAAAGAAAAAACGGAACAAAAAUACAGUGGAAUGUCCUACAACUUUGAAAUCUUUCACAUGAGAGAAAAGGAGAUUCCCGUCGACAGUGUGGAGAUAAAAGAACCAAUUCAUGCGUUUGCUUGGGAGCCAGUUGGUUGUAAAUUUGCCAUUAUUCACGGUGAAGUACCAACUGUUAGCGUUAGUUUCUACGAGGUUCGAUAUGGACAUCAACCUGCACUUUUGAAAAAACUUGAGAAGAAAGCUUGCAAUCAUCUCUUCUGGUCCCCUGCUGGUCAAUUUAUUGUUCUUGCUGGUCUAACAUCAAUGUCAGGGGCUUUAGAAUUCAUCGAUACGAAUGAUUUCACUGUAAUGAAUUGCACAGAUCAUUAUCAAACUUCCGAUGUUGAGUGGGAUCCCACUGGACGUUACGUAGUAACAGCUGUGUCCAGUUGGAAAACAAGUGUUGAUAACGGAUAUUGGCUUUGGACAUUCCAAGGACGUAUCCUUAAAAGAAUAAAUCUUAAUGGUUUCAAUCAACUCUUGUGGCGUCCACGACCACCGUCACUAUUGUCCGCUGAGCAAAUCAAAGAGAUUAAGAAGAAUCUCAAGAAAUAUUCGUCUCAAUUCGAAAGUAAAGACCGAAUGCGACUUACGCGCGCUUCCAAGGAAUUAAUCGAGAAGCGUUGUGCUUUAAUGAAAGCUUUUGAAGAAUAUCGCAAUAAACGAAUUGAUGAAUGGAAUAGUCAGAAGAAGAGACGAAUGGAAUUACGUAACCACAUCGAUACGGAUGAAUUGGAUUCGGACACAAAGAAUGUGGAGGAGGAAGUUGUGGAAUUUUUCGUAAAGGAAGAAAAUUUUAUCAUUGACGACAAAUAAAAACUGCAGGAAAGGUACAUACAUCAUCUUACUUGCCCUAAUUGGAAACCUCUUGAGUUUUCGAGAGCCGGUGUGUGAUUAUAAACAAAACAAAACAAAACAAAAAAAAUUCAAAAUUACUCUUUUCAAAGGAGUGUGGAAUUUUUUCUCCAUUAUUACCAAUAAUUAAUCAACAAUAAAAUGUUGAUUAUUUGCGGUAAUGGACAAGUAAUUUCAUUUAAUUAUCAUUUGCAAUAUAAAUUUCCCCUUUUAUACAUUAUGCAUUUUAGUAGACGAAAUCGUAACUGCAUUAAAUUUUAUGAAUUUUACCACAUUCCCUACAGAAUAUUUUCUUUGAAAAAUGAAUUCCAUGAAAUGUUAAUCAUGCAAAUUUUUUUAAAUUAUUUAUCUGACGUCUAUGAAAAUAAAAAUCAUAUGUAUAAAAGAA